AAAAACGAGUGCUAAAUACGAGUUAGCACCUGGGGGGUUAUUUCUAGCACCUCAAGUGCCAUUUACUUCUGGGAAAUGAUGAUGUGCAAACAAAUUGGUGCUGAAAUUAAGUGCUGAAUAUCAAAGACGCUAGUUUUGCACUUGAAGUGCUGACCAGCAAAGGAGUUGGUCCAGUGGUGUUAGCUGGAUGUGCAAGGACGCACCUGUAGUGCUAGUUUAACCGGGAUCGGUCGGAGCCAGCAUGCAGCGCACGUGGCUUGUAUGUACUGUCCUAUACGUAGACCGACUGCAUGUAUGCGGUACCGGUACCGGCCCCGAGAUCAAGACUUGUCUGUACAUGUUUUUAUUACACGUUCCUUUUGCAUUCGCCUGCCCUUUAUAUAGCAGAAAACAUGAUUCUUGACGUUGUACAAGAAACGAGCAUUGGCAGCUAGAGUAAGUAUCACAGAAUUACAUUCCAGAAGAAGUCCAAAAGAUUACACGCACAAAUACAAAGUCUAUUAAAAUAAAUCUUAAACUAAUUAUCACCAAGUUACAUAAACUAAACAGAUGAAAAUACAAGCACAAGCAUGGGUUACAUAUGCUUCAAAUGUAAUAUCAGGAUACCAGGACCUGUAUCAAAUUUAGUCAGCCAUUUGCACAUGGCACAUGCUUUAUUUGACCUGAAAAAUCUCCACCUAGUGUGUAGUCAAGGAGGAUGCCCAUCAUCAUUCAAAACAUUUAAUUCAUUUAGAAAACAUAUUGUUAGGUCACAUCCCUUUGAUGAGGCUGACCAUGAGGAAAAUAUACCCAUUAGGUAUGGCAAUAGAGAAGACGAUGAAGAUUCUGAUGUAGAUGAUGAUGUGGAGUUUGGACGUAAUGUGGAAAACAAUGAGGAUGACAUGAAUGAUGACAUUUCUAAGAGUGCAGCAAGAUUUCUUGCUGGUCUUCUUUCAGAGACUAAUAUGACUUAUGCUUCUAUGCAAAGAAUUGUUUCUAGUACCUCAGAAUUAAAUCAGGAAGUUGUAAACAAUUUGAGGAGAAGAAUUGUUGAUGCUCUCGGUAGGGUAGGAUUACAGGAAGGUUCUGAACAAUACGAGACUAUCAUAUCCGAGUUUGAUAGAGAGACUCGUUUGUAUGAGGGUCUCAGUUCUAGGUAUAGUCAGGAAAAAUUCAUCCAUGAUCAUCUAAACAUUGUCCAGCCUCAGAGUAUAUUUCUUGGAUUUCGUCAUGAUGUUCGCACAGAUAAACAAACUGGGCAAACAAAAGAAGUGCUCGUGCGAGAAACUUUUCAGUAUAUUCCUGUUCUGUCAACCUUGGGUAUGAUUCAUGGAAGUGAAGUUGCAAGUCACGAAAUUGAAGUAGGACACUGCAGCAAUGAUGGAAUAUUGCGAGACUUUUGUGAUGGUGAUCACUACAGAAAUCAUCCUCUGUUCUCUAAUGGGCAAGCAAUUCAAAUCUGCCUCUACUUUGAUGAAUUCGAGGUAGUGAAUCCUCUUGGGUCUAAAAGGGGGAUUCAUAAGAUUGCAGCAUUUUACUACACCCUGAAAAAUCUGCCUCCAUGGAUGAAUUCAUCGUUGGAUAAUGUUCAUCUACUUGCUUUUUGUAAUUGUAUCGACCUAAAGAAAUAUGGCUUUGAUGCAGUUUUGGCCCCCUUUGUGGAUGAAGUUAAGAAGUUGGAGACAGAGGAAGGAGCACAAAUUGUCCUGCCAGACAAAUCUGUGAAAACAGUGCGAGGGACACUCGCUCAGGUUUGUGGGGAUAAUCUUGGCCUGAACGGAUUGCUAGGAUUUGUUGAAAGCUUUUCUGCCAACAGGCCUUGCAGGACCUGCUUAGGUCAGAGGGAAGAAUUUCAGACAAGGUUUCUUGGAGAAGAAUUUGAACUGAGAAAUAGAGAGAGUCAUGGGGAACAUGUUGAGGCUUCUCAGCAAAAUGCAGCAGCUGUCUCUCAGACUGGUGUUAAGAGGAAUUCCAUUCUCAAUUCACUUCAGUUUUAUCAUGUCGCUCAAAAUGUUGUGCCAGACAUCAUGCAUGAUGUGCUAGAGGGUGUUGGUCCAAUGGAGGUGAAAUUGGUUUUACAUCAAUUUAUAUAUGUGGACAAUUUUUUCACUCUCGAUACUUUGAAUUCACACAUAUCCAGUCACUCCUAUGGGUUUUGUGAUCAGAAAAACAAACCAUCUUGUAUUCUUGAAUCAACCUUGAAAAAUAAAGACAACUCCUUGAAGCAGCAUGCAAGCCAGAUGUGGUGUCUCCUGCGUGUUUUGCCUCUCCUGAUUGGUUCAUUCAUCCCACGCGGCAAUUUGCAUUGGAGCUUGAUCUUAUUGUUGAGGACCAUUGUAGAUGUUGUAUUUUCAGAUUCAGUCACAGAAGGGCUGAUUAUAUAUUUGAAACACCUCAUCCAUGAACAUCACACUUUGUUUCGACAGGUGUUUCCCAAUGUGAACCUUCUCCCCAAACACCAUUUUAUGGUGCAUUAUCCUAUGGCUAUGAAAAAAAUGGGACCACUUAUCAAUCUAUGGUCAAUGAGAUUUGAAGCAAAACAUAGUUGUAGUAAGAGGCUAGCAGGGGUAGUCGGUUGCUUCAAAGAUUUCUGUUUGACUGCAGCAGCAAGACACCAGGUUAGCCAUUGUAGUGCAUGGUCUCAACAGGGUCAAGGAAAUCCCACAGCUGAAGUUGAAGAUGUUGUUGCAUGUUCCGUUGCUGAGAUAGCUUACUUUCCUGCUCUUGUUGAUGAACUCCCUGGACUUCGUCGCACAGAUGAUGCAUUCUUGGCACAAAGAAUAACACAUUUAGGAACUACCUACAGGUGUAGUUCAGUAGUUGUGUUAGACAUUGGCACUGAAUUGCCCACCUUUGGUCAAAUUUCCAACUCUGUCAUUGUAAGAGAGACUGUCUUCUUAACAGGAUAUUUGUUGAAAGCUGAAUACUUUGAUGAACAUCUCCAUUGCUACAUUGUGAAUGAAACUGAUGAAAUGUUCUUUACACGUCCAGGUAGUUUGAAGAGUUUCCGUACCCUACAUUUAAACAGGUAUGGGGAAAAGAUGGCCAUUAUUCCAAGGAAUCACAUCUUAUGUAAGACCUGAAUAAAUGGUGCUCGUUGUCAAAACCUAUACCUGGUACAUCAAUUGUUCUUGCAAAAAGGCAAAUUAAAUGUAAUGUUCUCAACUUCUCACCAUCUUAUUUUUUGAAUGGAAUUUCUUUUUAUUCAUUUCAUUCUCAUUUCCUACAGGAUUAUCAAUGCCAGGAGAUCAGAGCAAUUUAUAUGUUAUACAAAUUGAGGGUGCUGUAAAUUUUCUAUUGCUGAUUAUCGAGGCAUAUAAAGAAAAUGUAAUAACAAAAGAAGAAUUAGUGAAUUUCUUAGUUCAGUUUUUAUACCAGCAUUGAACCCAAAUAAUGGAUCUCAAAAGAAUGUAUGUUACGUACAAUGGGGACCAAAACAGUGAUAGGAAAAAGCUAGUAAAGUUGGACACGACUGAUUUCGAUAGCAUGACAUUCAAAAUCAAACAAACAUUCGCCCUUCCAAUGGACGAAAAGUAUGCAUUCCACGGCCGUGUAGAAGCCAGUGGACCACUCGUUGAACUGGAUGAACAUGACAGCGAAAUCCUGGAUGAGUUAAUCGAGGUCUCCUUCAACAGAUGCGGAGGUUCCUCUCGGGGUGUACCUAUUGUACCAGAGAGUGAUUCUGACAUAGAGAUGUGUUCCAACAUAUUUCUGCAAGGAUGUUCAUCAGAUGUCUCAUCUGGGGUGUCCUUUUCAUCUCCUGUCCAGUUGAAGUUCGUGGCUGACACCGAUUCUGAUCUGUCUGGGGAUUCUCCCUUGUUGAUUCCUCCAUCGCCGCCACCUUGCAGCAUGCUGCUAUCAGACUGUUCUUCAGAUGCCUCGCCUCAGAUGUCCUCAUCCCAUCACAAGACAUCAUUCAUGGUGAACCCAUCUCCUCUCUCCUCAAUUAAGAUUGUGCCAGAGAGUAAUUCAGCUAUGCCAGGGACAUCACUGUCAAGUUCCAGCGUGCUGCUGCCGAGUUGCUCCUCAGAUGUCCCGCUUCAGAUGUCCUCAUCCCAUCACAGGACAUCAUCCAUGGUGAACCCAUCUUCUCUCCCCUCCGAUAAGAAGCUAGAUUUUGACAUGAAGAAAAUAUUAGAGGGUCACAACAGAGGUGCAUCCAUACUUGAGGAGUAUAAUAGGCUCAGGCUCAUCUCCCCCACAACUAGGAAGCAGGUCAUCAGCAUCAUGGCAGCAGAGUUAGUGGCAGUAUGUGGAUACUACCCCACUAUGCAGCAGAAGCAUGCAGUAGCCAAAGCUAUUAUCUCCUUCUUCCCGGAACUGAAAGAUCCCACUGGAGAGACUGGAUAUGAACAUAUCUACUGCUCUAAAGGUGGACAGUCGGGCUAUUUGUUCGACAAGCUAAAAAACAUCCGGAGAAAUCUGCCUGACAGUGCCAGAAUGAAAAGUGGCAAGGGCAAGGGCAAGGGCAAGGUCAGCACAUCAAAAGGUACUACCAAAAGGCUAGAGGCUGUCCUCACGUCUGAAGAGAUGAAGGAGGCAGAAGCGCUGUGUAGGAACAGCACAGAUAAGAAUACAGUUCGAGCAGCAAUGGCCAAAUGCUCCACAAGUAGACAUGCAUGGAUCCAGGAUCAGAAACCUUUCAUGAAGGACAUAUUGCAGAGGUACCCGCGGUACAGAGACAUGCCAGACCUUGUGCAGCAGGAUUUCCAGGAGAUUUACCCUGAUGCCAGUGAUUCCCUCCUCAAGAAAUGGGAUGGCCAUGCCAUGGCUCUUUUGGCCUAUGCAUCAACAUGUAGGGAAGGCAAGGAGAUCAAUGAUGAAUACCAUGCACUACCCAAGACCAGACAAGACUUUCCUCCUACUUUUUUCAACAGAACACACGCAGCUAUUUGGUUUCCUGGUACUCAUGAAGUUCCUCCCUUCAUACAAUACAAAGGGCAAAGGGCGUGUCUCACAAGCAGAUAUGGAACAUUGCAUUGUGCACUUCCAUGACGUAAGUGUUGUGCUGCUAGUAUUUCAAGUGUUUUAAAUACAAGAAAAUGACAUGCUGGUAAAUAUACAUUUGCACCAGUCAAUGGCUUAAUUUACAGGGGUGACACAUCACUUUGGUAAGAUUUAUAUUCGUCUGUACAGUAUAGAUACGAUUUGAUAUAAGUACAGCUUCAGUUGAUACAAUGGGAUCUUUGUUUAAGUAGGGGAGGGAAGUUGAGAAUUGGGCCAACAGAAGUGAAAAUACAUGAAUUAAGAAAGUAAAUGAGACAGUGAUGGAAGCAUGCACAAACACACACACACACACAAAUGUUCUCCAAGUGUAUGAGACAUUUAAAUCAAUAUGGGACAGACAUGCGCACUCUGAAGAUGUGCAGUGUCAAGCAGGAGCUCUAUUAAAAAAAAUUUAAAAAAAGGCUCACAUACAUUCACGUAUGACCAGUACAAUUGAAUGGCAUUGUCUAAAUACAUUUUUGUUAUCUUUUCCUUCUUGUCUUACUGAGCGAUAUUGUUAUUUAUUUUUGUGUGUGUGUGCUACAGGUCCACAGGCCUGUGACUGAAUGCUUGAAGGACACGGCCACGAGACAGCCCUCCUUGCUAGUGAAGGGCACAAACAACAACGUUGAAGAGAUC